AUGUCCGCCGCCACCCACUCCAGCGGAGAAUGGAGCGGAACUGCGGAGGCCGUCGGCGCUGGAGAAGCUGUAGGCGGAAUGGCGGCGGGCGGAAUGGGCGCGGGCGGAAUGCCGGUGAGCAGCCCGGACAUUCUGGGGAAAGGGUGCUUCAGCUGGCGCGGCGUGUUUCACAAGGACCACGGCGCGCGCGUGCUUAAAUUAGAAGGCGGCGGUGUAGCGGAGGUGCUUGUAGUGGAUCCUGGGCGUAGAGACGACGAGGUGAGAACGCAUCAUGGGUAUGCUAUGGCGGGUUUCAGUGGAGCGGGAGAGCAUGCGGGGAUGGCGGGCGCGCACGGACAGGGGGAGGACGUGGGGGCAUACGAGCGUGGCAGUGAUAGGGUUGGGGGGAGAGGUGAGUUAAUGGCAGGGGCGGGGAGGGAGCAGGAGAGGGCGUUAGGGGUGGAGGAGCGAGGUUGUGUCGGUAUCGUGUCUUCUGCUGCGGCUGUCGUGGCGACUGAUGAAACGCAUGACCUCUCAGUGCGUACGGACGACACGGUUUCAUCCGACGUAGCGACGGUCGGCAGCGUUUCAUCUGCACGCCUGAACGCUGACGGCGUUUCAUCCAGGCGUGCGGCCGCAGCGGACGGAGCAGGCGCGUGGGACCCAGCUUUAGGUUCAAUGCGAGGCGAUCCCACAAGUGCAUCACAUGGGAUCAAUGCGAAUGAGGGAGGUGUGGGCGAGGGGGGCAGGGGCGAAGCAGCGCGUGGGAGUGUGGAGAGUGACUCGCUAGCCAAUGGGGAUGUAGCGGCAGGGAGCACUGGUGUUGUCACUGGCAUCAGUGGGUAUUCUGCUCUCGCCACCACUGCGCGCACUCAGGUGCUCCCUGUCCCUGUGGAUCCCUCCCUCACUUGCCCUCCCUACCCUCCCUCACUGCCUACUCACCCUGACGCAACCGCCUCUUCCCCUUCCGCCCUCACCUCCCCUCCCCUCCCCUCUUCGCCACCCCUCUCCGCUGCUCCUCCCACGGACGCCACCCCCUUGGGCCCUCUCCCCACCAUCACUCCCUCCGCCACCGCCCUUUCCCUCCCCACCCUUUCCGCCCCCAAACCAUCCGCGGCCCCCCCUCGCCCCCACACCGCCGCAGCAUCCUCCCUCCCCCGCCCGCCCCACGCCCUCCCCCCCACCCCCGCCAGCAGGGAAGGGGGGCACCAGAGGGGAGCGAGAGGGGGGGUGAGCAGGGAGGGGCGGGGGGGGACGGCGGGGGCGGGCAGCGGGCGCAGUGGGGGGUCGAGCGGGGGGAGGUGGAGUGGGGGAGGCGGGGGAGCGGGGGGAGCGGGGUUCCAUGCGCGCAAGCUGUCAACAGACGACAGCUUCCUGGGUCUUUCCUCCCGCAGCCCCCUCGACACCUCCGCCUGCACUGCUAGAACGCCCCGCCUCUCCCCACACCCACCCGCUGCUGUUACUGCUGCUGCCACCGCCGCUGCCGCCGCUGUUGCUGCUGCUGCUGUCGGUGGUGGUGGUGCAGCAGAUGACACUGCCACGUCACCCAGCAUCAUCCACAAGUCGCCGUCCACGCCGUCCGUCUCCACCGACGAUGAGCUGGCGCCGCUGCCCGGCCUUGGGAUUGCCGGGGCAGGGACAAGAGCGGGACUGGACGGGGGAGUGAUGGGCGGAGUGAUGGGAGGGGGGGCAGCGGAGAGGGGAGCUCUGGGGGAAGGGGAGGGGAUGGGGGGAGGAGGGGCGGGGAUGGGGCAGUACGGGGGCAUGCAUAUCCCCAGGAAUGAGAGUGUGGGCAGCAGCAGCGGGUCAGUGGCAGCAGGGGAUGGGCUGGUGGGCGUGCCAAGGCCGAGCACGCUCAAGACGUGGAAGUCCAUGCACGCCCACCGCCAUAAACUCGCCCGUGGCCUGCUCUUCGCUGGUAUGCCGCACCGUAAACCGCAUCUCUAA